ACAUACACACGCCAGAUACACAUUGAGAAUCGAAGGACGUGCCUUGCUGGUAUAUGAUCGAUCGGGAACGAUCUCUGCACCAACAGCGAACUGGCCUAUAUUGGUCACCGACGAUUUCUCGCUUUGCUUCGUAACUCUUCUGAAAGUAUUUCAACCAUAAGCUUACUGUACGAUUAAACCGAAGAAGAACAGACGUUUUCAACAUCGGAGCACAGCGUCGGCCUACGGUGACGGGAGAAUAAACCUCUUUUAAAUUGUUGCACUUCGAAGGUAUCAGGGAUUUUAUAUGCGAUAAGAUUGGAUAUUUCGUUGAGAAAUCAGUGGACAAAUUUCACCCCGUAUCGAAGACGAAGGGAGGCAGACAAGUCUCUGUGAUUAGCAGAGAAAUUUUUAGAGAUCGAAAGUAGGGUCCUAGCGACCCACAAAAGCAGCAACCAUUGAGUCCGACGAGUCAACGGUGAUCAUGGGUGCCCAGGAGGAGGACGCCAAGUCCAGCACCAUAGGCGGUGUGUUACCAGUGGUAGAAGUCCAAUCCUUGAUGGAGAAGGCUAAAUUCUACACGUCCCUCUGCCUGGGCACCACAGCCAUUCUCGCCGUUUUCGCAUUCCUCUUUCUAAUCCCUUUCGUCGUCGAGCCAGCGAUUUCGACGAUUUUGUCGGAUUUCUCUCCUCACGCCGUGGCCUGCGUUGUCACCGAUCACGUUUACGCCGAGGGACUGAAAAACUGCUCUUGGGCAAGCUGUAGAGAAGGUUGCACCAGUGCUGCGCUCCGUUGCCACCAGAUCAGAGUCAACUACACGAGGCUGACGUUCGAGGAAUUUAUGGCGAAACCGCUCGGUUCUAUUCCAUGGGAUGUCUCGGACACGAAAUUCUUCGUGAACACGGAAGGAUGCGGUUACCCACCCAGGGUGAACUGUUCCAGCUUCGCCAAGAAAUACGGACACUCGAACAUAGGGAAAAUAUUCCCCUGCUAUUACAGCAGAACACACCCCGAGACUGUCGUCGCGAGAUAUUCCUGGGAUGAGAAUUUAAGGCAUCUGGUGCUGGCAUUGGUGGUGCCCAUAGUUCUUUUCGCAGUAUCUCUCUGCGUAUUGUGCUAUUGGUACUGUCCACCUAUGGGCAAGAGUUGCGGAGGACCAGGCCGUAACCUCAUUGACAAAUACGCCAGGAAGGAAGAGUAAGUAACGUCAUCCUCGGAGAGGACGAGUUUGAGGAGGACGAGGAAGAAUACUGACUGCUACCAAGGGCUCACCCCCCAGCGCGGGAGUGACGCCGAAGGAAUUAUUGAAAGUCUCCAGCGUACUUUACGUUCUACAUUUAAGCGAUCGUUCAGAGGCUAUAGCAGCGUUAGGGAAACUUCGGCAGCGGAGAAAGAUGCAAUUCGUUCGUAACUUCAACGCGUCCGAUUUAUUACGAAUCACGCUACUUCUACCGCAUACAAUAUCGAAUCCAUUGGUACCUACAACGAGCUUAAUCGCUUUCUCAAAUAGAAAUUGGUAAUGCAACACUGUCUCCGCACUUUUUAAAAAUCGCUCGCGAUCUAGCUCGAAUUUUUACCUAAUUUUUACCUAACGUUUCUACGUAAAAUUGCAAUAAAUCAAGGCCGACGUCGUGUCCUUGUCGUCGACAACGCUUACGCGAUAAUUGCUAAUGAAUUACAAAUACAAACUGCGAUUAUGAUCUGUUGAAAGCGCUUGACCAGUAUGCAGAUCACGCGGAUCGCGCGUCGUGAAAAUUCUAUCUGUAUUUUCCAAAAUGUUCGCCCGUACAAAUUAACCAGAUGUCUGCGAUAUUUUUACACCGCACGCCGUGAAACCAAAACGAAACAGAUAACCUCGUCUAAAUCAUUUCGACGCUGCGCGACGUUUUCAAUUAUCGCGCGCGGGAUUUUUUAUACGGACGCAAUAAACAUUAUAUGAUCGUGAAUUUACAAGGUAAAGUAGGCCGGCGGUCGUUAAGCGGAGAGCUCAGUCUCGAUCAUCUACCAGUAUUCCGAAACGAGGUUCGGGAGUACGACAACAAGGUGCGCCUUCCUAAAACGUGAUAAAUAUAAGCGUAAGGAACAAUUAAUCGUCAAAUGGCACGUUUUACCGCGGAUAUUCGUUUGUAAUAGGAUAAGUGAUGUGCUCGUGUUAUGUAUUUGUAAAUCGUGUUUACUCAGGCUCGGGUAAAAGACACCUUCGGCUGGUAAAUAAGAAGCAAUUUAAAAAGAGAAUCGAACCAUCGCGACUAUUCUCCAUCCUCGGGAAAUAUUGUUCGACGUAUAUUCGUGUGAAAAUUGUAAUCCAGUCAUUGGUUGAAAUACGCGGGAUAUUGAUAAAAUAUUUUUAUCGACCUGUGCUUUGCAUAUAUUUCUGUUAAGUUCUUGCAAAUAUUUUAGUUUGAAAAUAUGUUAUAGAUCGUAUGGAUGUAACAUGACGUGAAAGCUUUGGUAUGCAAGCUCAUCAAUUAUUCUAAUUUUUUAAGAGCAUUUUAUUAAAUACCUUUUAAAGUUGAAGUAACUGAAAUAAAUACAAAAUUGUUACGAAGUGUUAAACGUGGAUCUAAGUUGUGUUCAAAGCUCUCACACCAUGCUGUGUAUAAAGUAUUGAUUAUACAAAAAAAAAAGAGACAUGGCACCAUUUUUAUACAAAAUUUUUCUGUCUUUAUUUCUCACAACUAUCUUGGCAGUAAAUCGAAUUUCGAUACAAAAACGUGCAAAAAUUGAGCUUUAUAAAAAUAUUUUCGGUCAAAUCUCAAAUGAUUGAAUAAAGCAGCCGUGAGAUGCAUCGAAUGGUGUUUCCUGAUGACUGGAAGUGAAUUUUUUGGAAGCAUUUAUUAUUUAACGAAUCGUUUUCAACCGAGAUCUGCGCAUGCAUGUGCUCUGUCAAUGACAAAUCGACUGUGAAGAAUGUCGAGGGAAGCAGGGCGAGCUUGAUAAUUGCGAAAACGACAUUCGUCGAACAUUCCAAGAAUAACGAACAAAUAAUCAAAUUCCUGUGAAGGCUCGUAUCACUUGAACAUAGAUUAUAGUCUGUUCUCGCGUUCAUAAUUAAUUCGCGAAAAUCGAAAUCUCAUGGGAAAACAUAACCAUGGAAUUGUAUCCAAGUGAAAAUCGUAGGUACUUCGAUGUGAUCGCAAAAAUAUGUAGAUCAAACCCUAUUUAGAUCUAAAACCUAUUUUCGCAACGAUUUUUAGGACGAUUAAGUGGCGUGCAAUUUUGAAUUUACGCGAACGAAACGCGAGAACCGGCGAAUGAGUGACGCGAUCGACUUCUAGGAUCUGUCUUCGCACCAAAAAGUGAAAAACUCGUAAGAUAAGUUUAGACAGUAAGUUAAGUCUGUGAAUAUUAAUCGAUCGAUCGAGGGGUUAAUCGACCAAGAUCGAUAAAAAGAUUAUUACAAAUUUUUUACGCGGGCGCCAGUCGCGUCGUGGUUCUAGUUAGAUAUAUAUAAAUAUAUAUUCGCGUAAUGCGCAGAUGCACAGAAUACACGCGUCGCGCGUAGUAAUAUAUUUACAGCUGUAGACAUCAGUUUUUUCAGUUCAAUUUUCAAAGGGACGAGCGAUCUGCAUUCCAUAAGCUGCGAAACAACGUUAUCCUAGAUAGAAUUUCUGGCCCACUGAACAGCAAUAAUUAAUUGCAAAUUUCUCUUACUGCACUUUGGCUCUUGAGAAUCUAAAUAUAUACCUCUCGAUAUGAAAUGAUUUUCCUAUCUUGGUCGUUUUGUAAAAUAUGGUCAUCAGAGCUGAAUUCGGCAUACAAAAAUAACUUUAAAAGAUUAUGUGAUUGGUACAAUUUAUUACUAUCUGCAGGAGUAACUCCAACUGUGAUUUGAAUUUUUCUGUCAAUUCUAUUAACUAAACUUUUGAAACAAGUACAUGUCUAUAAAAAGUUAUAAAGUUCAUACAUUUAUGUGCCAGAAUUAUUCGUUAGAUGAACUAAACAACAAGUGUCAAGUUUAAGCACUAAUUUCCUGUGAUUGAAUAUAAAUUCAAAUUAAACCCAUAUUUUAUGAAACACUGUAACUACCAUAAAUAUCUAUGCAAAAGUACCUUAUAAAAAUUUAGUACCAUCAAGUUGGCUAACAACGUCAAAAUGUUCAGAAAAGCUGCCGAUACCUCGGUUAAAGAGUAGUUAUUACCACGAUGUUGCUUAGAUUUACUCGUUAUGAUAUUACAUUGACAUUUGAAAUAUAUCUCUGUCGUCAUUUUGGCCAACUUUUGGUGACCCUUUUCAAAAACAAAUACACAGAAAUUUUACAAAAUAACAUACAAAAAUCCUAGGAUUUUUGUACAUUCCAGAAGAACGCCAUCAAUAAAUUCAACACAAAGUCAACAGACAUAUAUUUCAGAAUUCAAUACCAAUUAUUAUCCGUGCCGAAUUUGUCCUGAGAAUCAAACAAUACGUAAAAUAACUUCCUAUUUUUCAAACGGAUGAGAACAAACCAAGAAAGAUUUCUAGUAAACGAUUAAUUAUCAUCCCUUAAUUUGUAUACGUACAAACUUGUCUGUGAAUAAAUUCUCACGUAUCAAGAAUUUCAACGAAUCACGAGAAUCGCAUAGUUGUUUCGAAGCGUACGGAACUUAAGUCGCGACCCUGUACAUCUAGAAUGGUUGUGAAUCCUUACUCGGCCUUACUGUAGGUUCAAUCAAGUUGGCGUAAUUCCUCUCGCAGCGAGAAGCGAAUGCCAACGGAGCCUGCGUUCUGGCACUCAUUCCCCACUCGAUGCUUGCUAAUCGAUUUCCGUUACCGCCGCGCCAGCGAUCGAUGGAUCGAUCAGCCACGCCCUUCAAUUACCGUCGAAACAUCGCAAGCGAAUAAUUCUCUUGUGCUUUUGUCACGUGAAAACUAUUGCUCAAGACGCUCGGCUCACGGGACGAGGUACAGCGAUGAGCAAAUGUGAAUACAAUUUAUGAAUCUUUCAUAAAAUGGUAAUAUAUUACGGAUAGAAAGUAAUUCUGUGCUUUCGUAUUCAAUCACUCGUAAUUCUAAUUUAACUAGAAAUAUUUACUCGUCGUAUUAUAGUGUCAAACUUUUAUGUCUUCAAUCUGAUCUCUAUUACAAUGGCUGAGAUAUCAAGUUGAAACUUAGGUUAUAAGGUCGAGAACUUGGAAGGUUGGUACCAUAGCGUGAUAAAAUGACGAGUAAAUAUUUUUACUUAAACUAGAGUUAUAAAUGAUUACAUAUAAAGGCGCAGAAUUAAUUUUUACGCCUAAUAGAUUGAUAUUAGAACACUCUAUUUGAAUCAGUUGAAUUGUAUGUGAAUGUAAAUGUUACCUUCUUUCUGAUGAGACUGGUUAAACAAAAUUAAUUUCACUUCUUUCGAAAUUUAAUUGUAUCAAUUAUCAAACAUUCAUGAUUCUCUUAUGCACAGCAAGACAGAGGUCAAGAUAUAAACACUCGACAUUCGAGAUUUGGUAACGACGAAAAUUUUCAAUUAAGGGAUGCGGAGCCUAAAGAGGGAGGUAAUAUUUUUCCUCUCUUACCACCAGCCAGCAAAGUAAAUAUGCUCAUCGCUGUACGAAUCGAAUAAUCGACACGAGACGAAGAAGACGUAGGGACGUUUAUCGAACGGGAUUCGAGACAUCAUGUAGCCGCUAGCGUAAUUUAAGCCGAAGUUCGGCCAGCGAUCUCACGUGAAAAUAACGGCGUUAAAUCCGUGGAACGAUUCGCUGUCGCAUUUAGAUCGUCGAAGGUGAGCGGACAAAGUAAUGAAAUCUAGUCUUCGAUCGAAGUGGUCGUCUCUAGAUCGCCCGUAACACUUCGACAUAAAUUGUAUUUAGACACUGGUCGUUGUGCUUGGUCAAUGUACACACGAGCGUCGAGGAUCGUUAAGCUCGCGGAGCGUCACGUUGACAAUCUCGUUAAUCCUUUCGGAGCUCGUACUGCAUGCAAGCACUUCCAUAUCUCUCAUAUCAGAUCGGGUUUAGUGCCAAUUCGUUAGUCGAUUAGAUCCUCGCGAGCGAUCACGGCGUUAAAACGUAUUUAGGAUCGUCGAUCGUGGGAGAAGACGUCGAUGCAAUUAGAUAGACGAUACGAAAUUCUAGAGGAAUGAAAAACGUAACACACCGAAGACGCGACGAUCGAACGAGUCGUUUCACCAAACGGAAGCGCCAAAAACGUGAUAAAACCGUUCGGUGAAUGAACGAUGAAGAAUUAGAAAGAGAAUCGCGUACGUUUUGCAGAUUAGAAAGCGGCGAUGAACGUAAAAAUCUAUUUCUAUCGAUACUUAUGUAUAAAUACGCUCUAUCGCAUGUUACUUGAUUAUUCUAACGGUACCUGCACCUAAUAUAAUUAAGCUCUGCUAUACCAAUUCCCUUUCUAUUUCUGUUCCGUCCUUUUCUCUUUCAGCCCCCCGUUUCUCAGCAACUGCCUCUAGUUGUCCCCUUUCUUCUAUCUAACGCCUUCUCAUUCUCUCUCCUAUAAAUACUCAAACAAAAAGAAAAAAAAGAAAAGUGAAAGACACUGUUCGAGAAAGCUUCCCAAUUCUUUAUCUACGAAUUUUAAACUUCACCCACGGGAACGUUUGUCCAUCGCUUCGGGCGUACCAUUAAGUCUUGAAUACUGUACAUAAUAAUAUAUUAUAUAUUAAAGUACUCGUUCUGCGAUACUAACGGACAAUUGUAAAUAAAAGAUUAUACGGUUUCGUUUGAAAUAUAUAGAAACACGUUUUCUGUUAA